UUCCUUAAAUACUUGUGAUCGGCACUCUAUAAAGAUGUGGCCCAGUUUUGCAGGUGCCUCCAAGCAGGGUCAAAUCAAAUACUGGAAUACAGAUAAAUACACAGACCACCUACAUGGACUAAGACAAGGAAUUUCAAACCGGUUCCUGGGAGACUGGAGAGCGUUUCAUUCAAAAGGUGCAACCCCAAUCCUUCAAUAUUCUGUAGGGAUGGACGCAAAGUACGCAACGCGCUCCGUUUUUGGAGAGCAGACACCGGUUGCGACCUGAUCAAGGACAGAGCAGGCUCGGCGGUGAGACUGCAGCACGGUGCGCAGUGACCGGCUGCCUCCACUGGGGGAGGACCGAGCGCCGCCUGCAUGCGCUGCGGUACACGUCCGACUUUCUCACCAAGACUCUCCAUCACCACAUACACAAUGGGAGGGAUACGGGAGGAUAGGUAGGGCUUCCAGCGGCAGACGGACAGAUGUGUGACGCUCAGACCCAACCACGGGGUCAUUUACCCUCGCCUGUGCCAAUGUAAACUUUUACACACCCUCCCUUUCUUUUCGCUGCGAUGGAGUGGAACUGUCUUUGAUGGCAACUCGCUGCUGGCACACCUGGUUUCGCCUUUUCUCUCUCUCUUAAUUUUUUUUUUCUUCUUUGUCAUGAUUGUUGCUGCCGGUGUACCAGGAGCGAUGCAGCACAAAUGGGGGCUCAAGUGCCAGUAGAUCCUGUUGAAUUGAGACAAGGCAUCGAGACGCAGCCACCAAAAGUGUCCUCCUCAGCGUGCGUCAGAGCACGGAUGUAUAUGCUGGAUGUAGAUGUGGAUAUGGUCGCCCGCUGGAUACGACGAGCUAUUUGGGAUAUUACACCCCAAAAUCAAGACGGGGAUUUGAGCACAGGCGGAGAGCUGCAUCCUCACCCAGCAUUCCUCCUCCUCCUCUUCCAUCAGAUUUGUUUGUAGGGGAGGGGGAGGACAGAGGCGAUCUAUUUUGGCCCCUUUUCAAAUCUGCUGAGCGCAUCGGGGGGAACAAAGUCAUUCAGAUUUAUCGGAGCUCCAAAAAUAGAAGAGCAAAAAAUCCUUCCAAACAGUCUCAUCUCAUGAAAUGGCAAACAUGGGCGACCACGGAGGAUCACAAGACGCUUUUGGGGGGAGCUGAAAAAUUAACCACCUGAUGGGCACCAGAGAAACCGAGGAGAGCCUGUUUGGGUGUCGCUUAUUGACUCGGUGAUUUAUCAUGCGGAGGAUAAAAGGGGCGCUGCAAGUUUGACAGAGCGUCUGCGUAACAGGCUAUGCCACCGGCCCUGUUUUUUUUUUUUUUUUUUUUUGGAUUAUGGUAAUGAUGUCAUAAAAUAUACAAGGAGCGCAACACAUAUGCUCAUCAGUGUAUUCUUUUUUUUAUCAUGUAAGUAGCAACGCGCCCUCCAGUCAACAUGGAUCUGUGCUGAGGUGGGUUUGUUAAUCUGACUUUCCAAACAGCUGAUGCCUCAUUGUCUCCGUGUCUGCGUGAGAGCGCUGCAACUUUUAUUCUCGGGUCUGCGUCCCCCCUUGAGGUGGCAACUGUAGCCUUCGCGGACGGAACCUCGGCUAUAAAAAAAAGAAAAAAAAAAAAGAUGGAGUUUGCCAUGGUGGGUGCGGACGGCGGGUGCAACAGUCACCUGCCGUACGGGUAUGCCCAAGCCCGCGCAAGGGAGAGGGAGCGCGAAAGGGAGCGCCAGGCGGCGCAUUCGCGAGCGGCGGCGGCUGCAGCGGCCGACGGGGGCUGCGGUGCGGAUGGAGGCGCAGGGGGCCCCACCUCCGCCACCUCCUCCGGGGCUCAUCUCCUUAACAACCGCCAGCAUCAGCCUCGCGCCGCCUCCUCCUCCUCCUCCUCCGCCAACAUCAGCAGCAGCAGCGGCGGCCCCUCCUCCUCCUCCUCCUCCUCCUGCUCCUCAUCCACCUCCUCCACGCAGCAGGAGCCCGAUCAGCAACAGCAGCACAGAGUUCUCAGAGAGCGGAAAAAGCAGCGCGGCGCCGGUCGGUGGAGGCGCAACCGGAGCACUCUCGGCGGGGACCUGUGCCACUCGGAGCUGGCGCUGCUCGGAUCCGAGGAGGACAUGAUGAUCGAGGAGGAGGAGGCCGAGGAAGAGGAGGAGGUGGGGGCGGCGGCGGAGGGCAGCCGGGGGAGCAAGAGGUCGAGCUUUCUGUGCAACAUGGAUGAUGAGGAGACCGUGUCCAUCACCGACAGGCGCCCCCAGUCCGGGUACGAGAGCGGCUACAGCGACUGCGGCUGCUGCGAGCGGGUGGUCAUCAACGUGUCGGGGCUGAAGUUUGAAACUCAGCUGAAGACGCUCACGCAGUUCCCGGACACCCUCCUGGGAGACCCCGACAAGCGGAUCCGGUACUUUGACCCGCUGAGGAACGAGUACUUCUUCGACAGGAACCGGCCGAGUUUUGACGCCAUCCUUUACUUCUACCAGUCCGGCGGCCGCUUAAAAAGACCCGUCAACGUGCCGUUCGACAUCUUUUCCGAGGAGGUGAAGUUUUACGAGCUCGGCGAGGAGGCGAUCCUGAAGUUUCGGGAGGACGAGGGCUUCGUGAAGGAGGAGGAGAAGCCUCUGCCGGAGGACGAGUUUAAGCGCCAGAUCUGGCUGCUCUUCGAGUACCCGGAGAGCUCGAGUCCUGCCAGGGGGAUAGCGGUGGUGUCCGUCCUGGUCAUCGUCAUUUCCAUAGUCAUUUUCUGCCUGGAGACGCUGCCCGAGUUCAGGGACGAAAAGGAGUAUCUGCAGCCGCGGCACAACUCCUCUCAGCCCGACCACGGCUUUACGCCUUUCAACGACCCGUUCUUCAUCGUGGAGACGGUGUGCAUCAUCUGGUUCUCCUUCGAGAUCAUCGUGCGCUUCUUCGCCAGCCCGAGCAAGGCCGACUUCUUCAAAAACAUCAUGAACUCCAUAGACAUCGUGUCCAUCCUGCCUUACUUCAUCACCCUCGGCACGGACCUGGCGCAGCACCAGGGCAACGGGCAGCAGGCGAUGAGCUUCGCCAUCCUGAGAAUCAUCCGCCUGGUCAGGGUGUUCCGCAUCUUCAAGCUGUCCAGGCACUCCAAGGGCCUGCAGAUCCUGGGGCACACGCUGCGCGCCAGCAUGCGGGAGCUGGCCCUGCUCAUCUUCUUCCUGGUCAUCGGCGUCAUCCUCUUCUCCAGCGCGGUGUACUUCGCCGAGGCGGACGAGCCCACCUCGCAGUUCACCAGCAUCCCCGACGCGUUCUGGUGGGCCGUGGUGACCAUGACCACGGUGGGCUACGGCGACAUGAAGCCCAUCACGGUGGGCGGGAAGAUAGUGGGCUCGCUGUGCGCCAUAGCGGGCGUGUUGACCAUCGCGCUGCCCGUGCCCGUCAUCGUGUCCAACUUUAACUACUUUUACCACCGGGAGACGGACAACGAGGACCAGUCGCCCGUGGUGGAGAGCAUGCCGCCGGGCUGCCCCUACUUCCCGGACUUUCUGAGGAAGUUCAGGGGCUCGCCGUCCGGCUCCUCGCUGGGCGACAAAGGGGAGUACGUGGAGAUGGAGGAGGGGGUGACGGAGUCGCUCUGCGGGCUGGACAAGAGCCCCAGUAAAGGGAACGGCACAGACAUAAGCAGGAAAAACAGUACAAACUCGAAAUCAAUUCAGACUGACGUGUGACUAAGAGCUUUAUUUGAUCGUUUUCUAAAUGAGAUGAGCAUCCGAUUAAAGACGCUUCUGCCCAACAGCAGCUGAACCCUACCCCCCCCCCUCUCCAAAUAGGCCUAUAUAUGUAUUACGCACGCCUCAGAGCCACCCCUCACACACACAUUCACACUCAUAUGGCACCAAUUGGCACCUUAAGAGCAUCCAGGCCCCAAAUUUUGCCUGAUAGACAUAGAUGUAUCUGUUUAUCCAGCGUGGGCUUCCAAAUCUGACGUGGAAUCUGAAUUAGACAACAGGCUAUGCAUUCGCACUUUAUGACUGUCAUCUGUCGCACCACAUGGGUAUAGGGAGGGUCGUUUUCUUGCUGUUAUGCAAUAAAGUUUCAAUUUGUUUGCACUAUAAUGUAGAAGCUGCGCCGGGUUAGAGACAGUAACUGUAGGCCACGCAGAUGGCAACGCUGAAGUCACCCUCCGCUCACCUGGAUGCAGAAUGUCCGAGUAGAGAAAAGGGGAAACUGUUCCGCACCGGCUGCCAGAAGAGAAGGAAAGAAAACCGAGCUCCAUUAAAUGUGAGAAGCCUAAGAGAGACGGCUUUUGUCACUGUUUAUUUAAAAUUAAACAAAAAUUAUCUACACAUUGAUGAGUGAGACGUGUCAUAAAGCAGGCAUUAAAUGAACCAGGGCUAUAAUGAAAUAAGCUUUUCCAUAAGAGGCCAAAUAUAUAUCUAAAUAUAUAUAUUAAAAAAAAAAGACCCACCAUGAGAGCUAAGCACAGGAGUCGUCAUUGUUUAAAAUGGCUGGAGAAGUCACUCAGCCCAGGUUUUCUACAGACCCUCUCAAAGCCUCGGCUGCAACUUUUUUCAUUAAAAGCACCUCAAAAUGACUAUAUCCCUUUACAAAGAUGAAGAUGGAACGUUACAGCUUGAAAGACUGACGUGGGAACUCUUUAAAAGGAGAUAUUUUCCCUCCUUUCUGCUGGACUCUGUGCACAAAAAGAUAAAUACAUACCUUUUUUUUUUUUUUUUUUUUUUGCUCAAGAGGACUUUGAUUAUCUCAGAGCACACACACGAUAAUCGGGAUGUGGAUGUCUUCCAAGCGCUGCCAGUUACAGAGAGAGGGAAUAUCCCCCACGUCUCUGGAGAGUGCAGACAACAAGCAAAACAUUGUGACCAGUCGACUUUAAGCCCUAGGGGGGACACUGAAAAAAGCAACAACCGGGCGGGACCUCGAACAAAUUCUGAGAAGCAGAGACAAACGCUGCUGUGAUCUGUCAGUGAACAAACCCUCAAAGGGUUGGGACUGGACUUGGAAAAGGAGUAAGUCGUGGCCCGAAAUGAUUGCCUUAAUUACAAAUAUAUAAAUGUAUGGAGUGAUGAUACUAAGAGACUUAUAAAAGUUUAAAGAUGUUUUCUUUUCAUGUGAAAAAAGUGUCUUGUAAGGAACAGAUGUGAAUAUUUUAAUAUGAUAGAGAUGUUUGGUUGUAAUGUCGGCAUUAUGUUUUAGCUGGGUCGGCUUUGUAGGCGUCAUUGGUUCCUAAAUGGUAAGUUGGCUCUCUGUUCUUAUGCAGCCAGCACUACAAAUUUAUUUUUUCCUGUUUCAUAUUGUCAACAUAACAAGGCUGGCCUGAGUUGCUGGCAACAAAAAUCUUUAUUUAUAUUCGCAACACAAGAAAAUCCUCAUUUAGGAGUCAUAUAAAGUUAUGGGAGAGAACGCAGCUCACUGAAAUACACCGGAAGAGUAUCGACUUUCAUCAAGAUCCACUUUACACUAAAGCAAAGAUGUCAGUCACAUAAACACCUGCCAUAAAUAUCUGCCACAUUCACUUUCUGUCAUGGUGAAACGGUAGUUAAAACUCGGCGAACUUUCACCUUCCGGGUUAUUGACAAGAUAAAAUACAUUACUUUUUUUUAAUUAUUUAUUUUCUCAGAUGCAAAUUUAGAGCUGACCAGCUGCUUUGCUGAUAUGUUUCACUCUGAAUUUACUGUAUGCAAAAGUAACAUGAACAUGUGUUCUAUAUUUUUUUAAACCUAGCCUUGAUAAUUACAUAACCAAAGGUGAAACCCUGAAUUUAUUGUACGUUGUGGACUUCUGAAAAACGUUGUGAUAUAGAUGCACUCCGUAUAGGAGGGGGAUAAAAUAAGAUGUAAAUAUCAGACGUUUAUACAUGUGUGUCCGAAGAUGUGUUGCAGGUAGAGUAAUUUGAGACUUUUUUUUUUUAACUUUCUUUGACUGUUAUGAACAUCAACCACAAGAAUCUGUGUUUGGUUUGUUGAAAACAUGAAACAAUCGCAUUCCUCUUGUUGUUAUCGAUGCUGCUCAAACAUUCUUCAUUGCUGUUUGUUGUUUUUUUUUUUUUUUUUGCAUUUCAGUUUUUAUUUUAUUUCUGAUAGUAGAAUUUGAGUUUGCCGAUCUCUGUGCAGCUUUGUCUGAAAACCAUUGGACUUAGUUACGUCUCUUAGACCUGCGAUGUUGCCUGUGAAUGAAAUUAUUAGAAAAGUGAGCUGCCCUGCCGGUAGUAGUAAAUGAUAGCUCAUGAUUUUAUGAGGACAGUGUUUUGUUUCCCUAUAUUUUCCUUUUCUAUACAGUGUUGGGUACCGUUACACUUGAAAGCUUGAAUUUAGACUUCUUAAACAUAGUGUUCCCUAAAGAAAAUCCAAAGCUCACAUUCCUGCUCUUUCCGAAAAUUCGUAUUUGUACUUGCCUCAUGAAUUGUAUUCCUCAGAAAAAAAAAAGUUUACUGAAUGUUCCAAAUAUUUCCUUAGUGUCAAGACGCUUGUAACCAAGAGAUAGUUUUAAAAUAAAUGUUAAGUAGUUCACAAAGGGAAUCCUUAAGGGGAUGAUGUAUAUGGGAAGCAGUAGACAUUACUUGUCAUUUCUUAAUAUGAGGACUUUUUCUUUUAACCAAGGCCAUUGGUUUAAUACAUUAAAGGGAAAAUUGGUUACUUCUCAAAAAAUACUAACUAAAAAGAAAAGCAAACGUGGAAACAGCAACAGGUGGUGCUUUACAAUGUUGAGGUUUUCCUGCCAUUGCGAGACUAAAGGUCUUUAGAAAUAAUGUGAAGAAAAAAAAAAUCAACAUUAGCCAAGUAAUAGUUUGUAAAAGGUGAGCUGAAUGAACAAAACCAAGAAAUGUUUUCAUAACCCUUAACACAAUGCUACAGGUUCAGUUUAACCUAAUCAGCAAAAUAACUAUUUGAAGUGCUCCUUGACUUCUUGUGAUUGAUAAACUGUUUGUGAUCAAAUGCCACUUACAAGAAAACCGAAAACCCAUGGAUGGCCCUGGGUAUCAGAUCCAGGUCUUGAUAAAGACAUUUUAAAAUGAUUAUUUAUAUAUACUAAACUCAGCUUCUGGAUUCCAGUUGUUCGGGUACAGACUAUCUGUUCAAACAUGGGCAGUGUUUUAAAAUCAGCCCAUGUUUUGAAACAUAGGCAGAUGCAUUUUUUGCCUGUUUUCAAGUGGCAGAAAUGUAUUGCCCCUGCACAUUAUCUGGGGUUUCCUUGACCAUCUAAGUUGUUCAGAGCGAUAGAGAGAGAGAGAGAGAGAGACUGCAUUAGCUGCUGCAGGGCUUUUCCACCAAAAAGGCUCCAGUUCUUAAAGAGAGUGCUAAAAGGGUUUAGUUUGCUUUUCUACCAUCCCAGAGCCAAGUCGAUGCAAUGUCAUUAUGUCGUCAUACAUUUCUCAUGUAGUUAGUGUUUGAUCAUGAGCCCACCCCAAGCCCCUGUUCGUUCCUCUCCUCUAGCAGCAAACCGCUGCUGUGCUAGCGCCAUUCAGGUUUAUUUUUAAUCAGGUCAAGCGAGAACUUUUCUCUCCCUGGAAAAAUAAAGAGCUGAUGCUUUUUAAGCCCAAGUACCAUUUAGGCACUUGAACCAGUCUGGUGGAAAAGGCCCCGUAAAGCACAGCUAAAAACACUUCUCGGUAAAAUGUUUUACUAAAUUCAAAUAGUUUAGUGUAUUAAAGAGGACAACAGCUCUUUCUGUAAGUUUUGUUUGCACACGGUUAACAGGAAGCGCAUAGAAACAUGUAACGAGCGGAACGAACGAGAAGUCACAUCAAAACAGAGCGCAAACAUGCUAGCAUUAGCCGGCCACUUCAACAAACUGCACAGCAGCAAGCAAGCAAGCAGCGAGAAGUAAGCUUGUUAAAGACUAAACAUGCACGUGUGCAGUCAUAUAUAUCUAUACAAAAAAAAAUUAUAAAGCUCUACAAAUUGUUGGUGAUGUGCUGAAAGAACAUUAGCUUUUUAAACCUAGUUAACCCCCAUGUUGGAAAGUGUGUAGUCCUUGUCCUGCAGGAACUGUUGCUGGGAAACAAUAUCUGCAACUGUCAGAAAAAUAGAGACUGCAGCAUUGCUGAACAUCUGUGGUGAUUUGGACACAAUCACAACACUAAUACAGAGGAUCUAAUAAAUGUGUGGUCGGUUAUUAUUACUGCAGUUUCAACAAAAGAACUGGGAGGACAUAACCUGACUCUCGCCACGUGGAUUUUGUUCUGCAGAGCUCCACACGGCUCCACACAUCCAUCUGUACUCGCUGCCAUUGGAAGAGAUUUCAAUAUCACAUAAAACGGACGAGCCAAUCAGGAUCGCUGGGCAGGAUUUUCGUAGAUGCGACGUAUCAGAGAAGCAAUUGUUUGGACUCAGACAAUGGCGGCUCGCAGCGACGAAGCAAGCAGUAACAUUGGUGCUGCUAUUUCAUCAGUGUUGUCCAAUCUACUGAACAUUAAUUAUAUAUAUAUAUAUAUAUAUAAAAAACACACCAGAUAACAGCUUUGAAGCCUUUUGUUGGUGGAAAUUAAGUUUUUGCCCUUCUCCCAAUUGGGUUUGGCAAGAGCUUGUAGCACGUCAGUAAAGAUGACCGACAAGUGGUUUAUCCAAUCAUAUGCAAGGAUUUUUGACAAGGGCCCUCCUUCUCAAAUACAUCUCUAUUUCCAGAUGGAUGUGUGGAGCUCUGCGGAACGAAAUCCAUAUGUUAGAGAGGACCACAACAGGGGUUAAUUCUUUACAUUUGCAAAGUUUUUAGAAUUAUGAAUGCUAAAGCUUUUUUGGGUUAAUUAUGUCCUUCAGUUUGCAUUAAACUUGUGAAAGGUUGUGAUCCAAAAUCAAAUAGGAGAAAAUCUCUUAUUUUUGGCAUCAAAAAACAGCAACAGGGAACUUGAAAAGAACGACAGUAAACUAAAAAUAUAACUAUUGUUAGUUAAACAUGACUUUAUGUUUACGUGUUAAAUAUUCCUUGAUCGGAUUGAAAUGUGUUGAGAUUGAAAAAGAAAAAAAUAAUCCAAAUACGUUGUUUAAAUGGGCACAAAAGCAAUUAAUCCGAUCAUGAAUUACAUUUACAUGCACCAGGCUUUAUUCAGAGUCCUCAAAUGUCCCAAAAAAACACAGAAGUUGUACUCCCAUCUGUGCUGAAUAAAUAUAUAUAUUUUUUUACUUUAUUUAACAAUCAUGUACAAGCAAAUGCGGAAUAUGAAAAAUUACAAACAAACGCGGAUGUGUGUUCAUUCUGUGUCUUCUGAUCACUCAGAACGAACCCACGGCAGAUUCAAAGAAGGGUUGAAACAUUACAGCUCUCCAUAAUAAAGCUACAGGCUUAGCAACACGUGCUGUUGGUCUUCCUGUGCUACAGAAUGAGAGACGGGGCACACAUGCACGGUCAUGUCAGUGUGCCCCAAUCCAAGUGACAUGAUCGGAAUAAAUGUCUCUUUUUGGUCAACGAUUGCCGUAAACCACCCGUCUCAUUUGGAACACAAUUUAUUCAGAUUGAGCUCAACCUGAUCACAAUUUUCCAAUAGGCGUGACGCAUUUUCAAUCUGAUUGGCCCGUUAUUUUCAAUUACUUUUGUCCGUGUAAACUUAGCGUGUGUUUUACAUGAACGUGAUAGUUUAAAGUUUGAAUACGAGAUAAAAAUAAGUUUAAAUUUUCGAUGCAUAGCGGACAUUGCUCUGGCUAAUUAGACAUGUGCACCUUUUAUUUGGGAAUUUGAAAAUAUUUACCAACAUACAAUUUCAUUCAUGAUUUUUUUUUUUUUACUAAUCUUCAGGUAAAUUAAACAUAGCUUUGUUGAUUAAAAGUUUUAACAGUAACUUUUAACAUAGAUGUAAUAUAUAAAGAAUACUUCUGUUUACGUUCAUUUUAUGUUCCCUAUGGGAAUUGUCAGAACUGCAGCUUAAAGUAGCAAAUAAGAAGCAGUUUUUGAGGGGACAGUGAGGCCAGCACUGUAUUCGCCAUUCAAGUGUGUGGAGCAGAAACAGCAGCAUCAGCAUUGCUGAUAUCAACGUACUGACACUGAUACUUACUGAUCCAUAAUGCUACUGAGAUAUACUGUACAUUGAUUUUUAUCAACUUUAAUUAUCUGUAAUUAUUAUUUAAGUAUAAGGUCGGGACUCUACAUCAAAUGCCUAAUUUUUAAAGACUUACGGAGCAAGAUCUCUAUCAAGACAUCCUUUCUUUAACUGGUGAUCUUUAGAGGUGUGGGUUGAUAGAUCUGGUACUUUUCACCAGAUCUAGCCAAGCAGUUCCCUAAAUACUAAUCUUUGAGCCAGAAUAACCCUUUUACAAGGUCAACCGCAUUAUGUCUGCAGACCAGAUUAGAAUAAGAACGAUCCAGCUGGAGAAUUUUCCAUUUUCCUGAAUAACAACAUAACCAGGGUGUAAAAAUAUGUUCAGAAUUGAUUCUGUUCAACUGAUCUUGUCAGAUUAUCCUCAAGCAUAAGCUGUUCGACAACUGAAUCGGCUCCGUAAAUCCCAUCAGCACCGGUCCAGGGAAAGGGCAUAACCUGAGGAUUUAAAUCUGAACAUUAGCUCACCGGGUGCUCAGAGACCUUAAACGGUGAAAUCACACCAACACUUACUUGUGCCUGGAAGCUACUUAAUACAUCUUAAGGUACAAAUGAUUUAGCUACAGCUUGAUAUCACCACAGGGGACAUUAAGCCAAAAAGUAACAUGCCCACAGGUUAGGAAAGGCAACAAGAACAUGACCGGCCUGGGAAUUGAUCCCCCAGUCAAGCGGAACAAACAAUCUGGAUAGCCUCUAACCGAUUUCCUUUAUCUCUAAAUUAAAAUAAUUUAUCAGGCUGCGGGGCUGCGGCGGUGCUGAUGCAUGGCUCACUUACAUCUGCUUGAAUAAGCAGCGGAGUCAUAACAAAGAGAGGGGUCAUGCAAUGUCAUGCAAAGGAUUCAGAGCUUCAUCGCAAGGUCUGGUAAUUACAGACUUACUGCUGCAGGAAGCAGGAAGUACACGGAGCUAAAUUAUUAGGAGAUAUUUAUCCAGGACACCUCAUGAGAUGAAUAUGAAUAUCAUAUGUUGUGUCAGCACUGCUAAAUCAUCGGUGUAAUAACAUUAGCUAUAAUUGGUGUGAUUCAGUAAAUAAGCAAAUAACAAGGUGUGAAGGCUGAGAGGUGUACACUUUAAAUCUGAAGGGCCAUCUGAUAAUAACAUAAUAAAAUUAAGUCAGCAGGUUAACUAAUUAAAAAAAAAAAAAACCUUGUUAAGGAUUGGUCUAACAAUUAGGCUCAUGCAUUGAGGUCCAGGAAUGCAUGUGCUCUAUCAGCUACUUAAAAAAAUAAAGCAAAUUUGUCUAUUUUGCUUGAAUGAAAGGUAAUUCUUCUUUGACAAAAAAUAAAAAAAAAUCUCAAAGGAUAUAAAGCAGCUACUCUGUGUCCAGAAAUUAAUAGAAUAAAUAGCAAAACAAGGCUCCCUAAAUCAGGUUUAGAUAUAGUACUACUUUAUAGGAUCCUAGAGCCUUGUUUAAAUGUUAAAGUAAACAAUUCAUGCUGUUAUAAACUGUCAACAAUCAAAUCAAAUCAAAAUUAGCUCAAAUAUUUGAAAAGAUGGCAAAUCACGAUAUUUUGUUCUAGAGAGCUUUGGAGUUACAUAAAGAAGAUAAACUAAGUAAAGUGUUAUGUUUUCUUUCCUGUACAUGCUCUCAAACACCUUCCUAUUGAUAUUCUCUACAGCAGAUACAGAUUGCAAGAGCUGCAUUAGUCUGAGGAUAAAAGCUAAUGUAACAGCCUGAGAGAAAGGCUCUGUCUAAACAUCAGAAUGAAAUCACACCUGUCUGAAAAGUACCACAAAAGUGCUAACCAGUGGUGCCGUUUGAAUUAGUAACCAAGGACUGACUCACAGCAAGGAUUUCACAUCGUUUUUAACCACUUAUCUCCUGCAGAGCAGAGACGCUGCUGCAAACACUGUGCAGCGUCUGAAAAAUCUGGAAAACUGACAGAAAACCAACCGUUUGUUAAAUUGACUGGAUGUAUGCGUUUAAUAUGGCUGAAAUAACAUCAAUAUAUACAUUUAUUAACAGAAUUUCUUUUAAUGAAGAGCCUAAAAGCAUCAGUUGAAUAGGACCUUUUCUUCGGCUGCGCGGUGUAAGAAGGUGACUUACGCCAUGGAGUGCUCCACUUUUGUGAACCGCUGAGGACAUUAUUGAAACGGUGUGCUAUUAGGCGUGGUCAGAAAACAAAAGCAGCUACGAAUACAGAAGCAUAUCUUAUCACCGCAUCUGUCCUCAGCCCGUGAGUCUGAAUGGCUUCACUACAAAUGAAAAUGCAAAACAAAUGAAAUACACUGGCCUCCCUUUAUCAAGCUUCGAGAUUUCCUCUCUUACAAAUAACAGUGAAUCAAAUUAAUUCCUCUUUGUGGAUGAAACUAAAGCGACUCCCCGUUAGAAAAGGUAGAGAAAUUACCUGAUCACCGAUUAAGGAACUUAGGUUUUUAUUUUGUCUGUAAACUGAGUGUCUCUAACUGUGGGUCCAAUGAGAAGUAACUAGACUAUAUUGGAGUUAAGCUUUUAAAGUGAUCAAAUUUAUGAACUAUAAUGUUUUCAAAAGGUUAUAGAAAAGAAGAUUUUAUGGCGAGACCGCAGAGAAUACUGACCGACAGAGUCAUGAGUCAGCGCAUUAGCAAAAUCACUAAAAACAGCAUUUAUUAAUAGUGCAGUGUGUUCAAAUGCCUUCUAAAAGUAUUCUUACUCAAGUUUUUACAGUGUGACACAUUACAACCAUCAACUUUAUAACUGCGAUAGACCAACAAGAAGUAGGACAACAUCCUUGCUGUAACAAGAAAAGUAACAGUUGCAGAACAUUUUACACGUAAAAAUCUGAAAAGUGUUGCGUGCGUGCAUAUUCAGCCACUUUUAGACAUCACCAUGUAGAAUCGCCUAGUGCAGCAAUUGGAGCUGCAAGUGUUUUAAGGUACUGAAUGUCUAACAGUGUUGCAUGUCUGGAAAUAAUUUGCCCCUUAUUACCAGCCAAAAAGCUAAGAUUCUGUCAGAUUAGGUGGCGAGUGUCUGCACUGCACAAAUCGGUGUUCUAGUAUAUUGUAACACAUGAAUAAUGCUUUGAUCUAAACUAGUCCAUUUCAGCUCUGGAUGACUGUUUAGAGCUCCUGUCUUGUUAGCAGGUGAACCUCCAGCCAAGAUCUUCUGCAGCCUCUUGCUGGGUUUUCUGCAGGAAUGUGCUGCAUUUAUCUCCAUUCACACACCCAUCAACUCUGACCGGCCUCGCUGUCCCUGCUAAAGACAAGCCUCCCCACAGCAUGACGCUGCAACCAGCAUUUUUCACAGUGGGAAACCUAGUAGGGGCAGCGACUCGGAGUCGAUGGGCAGUUAGUUGCAGCCGGCUCCCAAUGCAUGCCAGACUUUUCAGAUUUUAUCUGUGAAAAGAAUCAGAAAACCUCAUAUGUCUUUCCUUCCACUUAAGGAUGUAAUACCUUUUGUUGGUCUGACACAUGAAAGUUUGAUGUCGCAAUAUGACAAACUGUGAAAAAGUUCAAGGACUUUAUACACAUUAUACUUUUAAAAAAACAACACACUAAUUUAACAUUUUCAUUGUAUUUAGCUUUUCUUUUUUUAGCUGUGAAAUGGGUUUAUGUGCUUGUGUGCUGUUAAAGCCACAGCAGAUGUUGCCUUCAUUUAGUUGCGGUGUGUCUCUUAGCAUGUUUUCGCAUUUACAGACAGAGAGCUUGAUGAAGGAGGGCCGAUGUGUGUAAAUGACAGGAAUCUGAAUCACACAUCACAGUAAACGCCAGUGAACAAUGUACAUUUUUUUUUACUUUUCAACCCAAAAGAAAGCUAAAUGGGACAAACAAACAGAUAAUCAUCACCUUUCUAUGCAAGCUAGUGCAGUUUGGUCAGCCAAGGCUACAGUCAUAUUUACACUAUGAUUGAACUCCAGCAUAUCUAUCAUCAUCAUCAUCAACAAUGAUUCUCAUGGUCGUUUUUGCCUGCCCAGAAGUAAGCUGUUCUUUAAAAGAGAGCUGUGAUGGGAUUUCUAUCAGUGUUUGGGACAGUAGAAGAGGUGGGUGCAUUUAUUUUUUACUGUUCCUGCUUCACCUGCGUGUACGCCUAAUAUUAGAACUGCUCAAUAGGCACCAUCGCUCAUAACAGCAUCAAGGUAAUAUCGUCAAUCGGCAAAGGAGAAACAACACGUGACUAUGUUAACGAACAUGUAAAAUACUUCUACAGUUCAGGUGUUGAGAAAUAUCCAUGUGAGUUUGGGCCAGCCUUGCUUUUAUUCUGCAUGAUGCUUUGUUUUAAGGAAAUAUGCAUUCUAACCCAAGGUAUGUUUGUAUUCUUUUCCAUUGAGGGUGCUCCUCUUCUUCCCUUUCUCUGUACCGUUGGAGCUCGUCACUUCUGACCUUAAAUCUCCUGUUCUGUUUCCUUCAUUUCAUUGUACUUUAUCAUUGUUGGGAGGGUAAGCCUUCCAACUUCUCUAUUUUCUACAUUCAUAACAUUUUGUAGACAGCAAUAUGAGAUGUGAUUGAAAAUGGAAUAUGUGCAAUGUUGAUUAAAGAAAAAUAUAAUAUAUUCAAUAAAAAUUCAGAAAACAAA